AAAAUGUCAUUAUUCAGCGUACAGACUAGGAAGCACACAGCUUACAACGACCACCUAAUGUCGACAACCAGGACACCAGGCAGAGAGUUUUUGACCGAAAGAAAAGCAGUCAAGACGCUCUCCAAGUCCGAUGACGCUGCGUUUGAGGACAGAGAUAAAAGCAGCACCAUGAAUCGGACGUAUGUCAUCCCUGCACUGUCAAAAAGCGGACAGACACCCUACCGAGGUCGGCUCACACUUCAGAGGAGGUCACGGCGAAAGACCGGAGCUGAUAGCGCGGAGGACACGGCGGUGGAAAGCAGUCAUAAUAAUGUGACAGCAGCCCCGGAAAAGAGACUGACCCUGCAACGGAGGACCAAGACACCCUCUGUGGAUAAAAAUGCUCUUGUCGCCGGUGUGGGCUCACACACAACGCCGAAAAUCCUCCAGGAAUUCAACGGAAGGACUCCCACUUUGUACCGUUCUAUCAGCUUGAGAGAGACGGCGAGUAAAGCCUCAAAUCACCCGGAAACGCAAGGGAGCCUGGCACAGGACAAGACGCCAUCCUCCUCCUCAGGUAGGCUGCAGGGUGAGCAGGCCCACACAUUCAAAACGCCCACCAAAAAGACACCGUUUGGAAAGAUCGCCGCACGAAGAGACGUUUUUGAGAAACUCACUGUAAAAGAAACUCCUAAACCGGUGCUGGUCAAAUCUGCAAGUCUGGACAGGUCAAAAUCCAGGAAGCCAGCAGAUGUCACCAAACCGGUCCCAACUCCUCGACUAAGUAAGGCAGGUGUGCUGAAAGCCAACACAGCAACACAGGUACAGGUGAAGGCCACUGCAGGGGCCCCAGCCUUAAAAGCAGACAUCACCAGGACCUCCACCUCAGCUCCAGCACCUUCUCAGCAGUCCUUGUCUCGUCCCAGUGAGGUCUCCAAGCCACAGGACUCGCUUAAGAUGGAGAACAGUGCAGUGACUGUUGCAGUCCGUGUGCGGCCUUUCAAUGCCAGAGAGAAGGCAGAAAAGGCCUCACAGGUGAUCUUCAUGACGGGUCACGAGACCGUUGUGCAGCAUCCAGACUCCAAACAGAGCUAUUCCUUCACCUAUGACUUUUCCCUGUGCUCGGUGGAUUUGAGAGACCCCUCCUUUGCUAGCCAGCAGAUGGUGUACGAGACUCUGGCUAAACCUCUGCUGCUCAGGGCCUUUGACGGAUUUAACACUUGCCUGUUUGCCUAUGGUCAAACUGGCUCUGGAAAAUCAUACACGAUGAUGGGCUUCGGAGAGGAGGCCGGAGUCAUCCCUCGCUUCUGCCAGGAACUUUUUUCAAAGCUUUCCUCCAUGGAAAAUGAGCAGGUCAAAUGUCAUGUAGAGAUGAGCUACUUUGAAGUGUACAAUGAGAAGAUCCAUGACCUCCUGGUGACCAGAGAUGACCCUAACCAGAGGAGGAUGCCUCUGAGGGUGAGGGAGCAUCCAAUCCAUGGACCUUAUGUUGCAGACCUCUCUGCAAACAUUGUGAGCUCUUACAACGAUAUUCAGGGGUGGCUGGAACUGGGAAACAAGCAGAGAGCAACAGCUGCCACUGGAAUGAAUGACAAGAGUUCCAGGUCGCACUCUGUCUUUACUCUUGUAAUGACUCAGACUAAGACGGAGUUUGUGGAGGGAGAAGAACAUGACCACAACAUCACCAGUAGGAUCAACUUGGUGGAUCUGGCAGGCAGCGAACGUUGUAACUCAGCACAGACAAGCGGAGAGCGACUCAGGGAGGGUGCCAGCAUCAACAAAUCUCUACACACACUGGGAAAGGUCAUCUCUGCACUGGCUGAGCAAGCUCUAACCACAAAGAAGGUCUUCAUACCUUAUCGAGAGUCUGUCCUCACAUGGCUGUUAAAGGAGAGCCUUGGUGGCAACUCCAAGACAGCCAUGAUUGCCACGCUGAGCCCAGCAGCCAGCAGUGUGGAGGAAAGCCUAAGCACUCUGCGAUACGCCCAACAGGCCCGCACCAUCAUAAAUGUGGCCAAGGUCAAUGAGGACACAAGUGCCAAGCUAAUCCGAGAGCUGAAAGCAGAGGUGGAGAAGCUGCGGGCGGCCCAAGCGAGCACCCAGGGUAUCCAACCAGAGCGCGUCAUGCUGUUUCAGCAGGAGAUCACUGCGCUGAAAAACAAACUCUGCCAGCAAGAAAGAGAAAUGGUGGAGGCCAACAGGGCAUGGAGAGAGAAACUGGAGCAAGCUGAAAUUCACAAACGGGAAGAAACAAAAGAGUUGCAGAAAUCAGGCGUGACAUUUAAAGUGGACAACCGUCUGCCCAAUCUGGUGAACCUGAACGAGGACCCUCAGCUGUCUGAAAUGCUUCUCUACAUGAUCAAAGAGGGUCGAACCACUGUGGGCAAACUCAAGUCUGACUCCUCCCACGACAUCCAGCUGACUGGAGCCCUCAUUGCUGACCAGCACUGUAUUAUAACCAACACCCAUGGUACCGUCAGCAUCACUCCCAUGGAAAAUGCCAAGACUUUUGUGAAUGGGAACUUAAUCUCAAAAUCCACCGUUCUGCACCAUGGAGACAGGGUGAUUCUUGGAGGAGACCAUUACUUGCGUUUCAACCAUCCGGCAGAGGUGCAGAGUGGCAAGCGGGUGUCGUGUUGGACAGGUGCAGGUGACGGCCACAAAGACUUUGAGUUUGCCAAAAAUGAGCUGCUCACGGCUCAGAGAGCUAAGCUGGAGGCAGAAAUUGAAGAGGCUCAUGUGAAGGCCAAAAAGGAAAUGAUGCAGGGAAUCCAGAUGGCCAAAGAGGUGGCCGAAAAAGAGCUGUCUGACCAGAAGGCCCUAUAUGAGGGCAGAAUCCGAGUACUGGAAAAAGAGCUGAACGAGGAAAAUGAGCGCAAGCGUCUCCAGGUGCUCGACCAGCAGAGGGUGGCCAGCCAGAUGGAAGAACUGAAGAUGGCCAAGCUCGAGCUGGAGCAGGAGGUGGACUCUCAUAAGAAACGCCUCCGUCUCCAUAUGGAGACCCAGGUGAUGGAGGAACACCAUGUGUGUCAAGCAAGGAUUGUGGACGCGUUGGAGGCAGAGAAGAGAAAGCUUGGCAAAGAGCUUGAAGAGAUGCAGAAGAAAAGGGCCAUGAGAGUAAACCACACGCCUAGAGAUGUAUCACCACGCUGGGAUGCUAUGAAACUGUCCUUGAUGAUUGAGGAAGCCAAUAAGAUCAGUGCUAACUUGAAGAAAAACACUGUUUUCAGCAGACACGAAAGCUCAGACGAUGGGAGCCAAGGCCAAAGGGAUGUGCUGCAGGUGCGGGUCCAAAACACAAAACUGGGGAUCUCUACUUUCUGGAGCAUUGACAAAUUUCAAAACAACAUGGCUGCCAUGAGGGAACUUGAGCAGGGCGGCCCUUCUUCAAAGGAUGACGAUGUGUUCUAUGACCCUGAUGAUGAGUGGGAGCAAGAUAUAUCAACUUCCUCCGCUUCCACAUCCAACUUCUCACGUCGAAGGAGCAGGAGUUUGUUAAAGAGCAAAAGAAUCUCAGGGCGUCUUUAUGAGAUCCGUGUCCAUCCCAUCCAGAGUCUGCUCAAGGGCUCCUCCCACUCUGAUGGGUUAAUGGGUGUGGCCACACCGCCCUCCAAACAUUCCAGCACCACAGAAUCUGCCAUGCCUGGUAUCUGCAAGGAGCUGGUGGGCCAAUCAGUGGCUCGUCUACGAGGUUUUGGAGGCACAGAGGAGAGCCUGGCUGAUAGGCUCGCCUCAGAUUUGCACCGGGUAUACACGGCCGUCCAGAUCAUUUCUGAGCUGUACGACAGUUUAGAUGAUGACAGCCAAGACAGCGUGUUUGUGUGUAACUUGUCGGCUCAGACCCAGCUGAUCAAGGCCACAGCAGCCACAGAGAGUGCAGUGUUUGUCAUCACACAAUGGUUGGCCAAUGUGAAAGCCUCCUCUGGUCCACUCUACACCCUCGCUGAGGAACUCGAGAGCCAAGUCAAGAAGAUGGGAGUAUUUCUCCAGCUGCUCAUUCAGGGUUGUGAGUCUGAGAUCACAUCAAUGGUGGCUGAGGCACGAAAGAAGAGUGGUCAGUGCCUGGCUGCUGCGUUACUUGCACUUGGCCAUCUGGCGGCGUUGUCAGGAAUGCCGCUUAGUGUUAUGGAGCUGAGUGCCCAGGCCACAGGCAAGGCAUCUUGUGUGGAGUAUCUGCUUAAUGGGGCCAAUAAAGGUGUCCACUCACUCCUGGAAGGAAGCCUCUGCAUCGCCAGAGAAAUGCUGCGAGACGCUCAGUUGGCUUAUCCAAGGAGCCCAGUGCUGCAGUGUCUAAAGUCCAAGACACUUGAUUUAGCCCGCUCCUUGCAGAACUACAUGCAUUGUCACAUCACGGAGAGUGAGACUGACCUGCAGGAUGUGGAGGAAGACACUUCAGCCUCCAAAUUGCAGACUUUGAGGGCUACUGCGACCACAUUGUUCAAGUUGAAGCACGCCAUCAAGCAGCUGCACUGCUCUUUGUCUAACACCCUGACAGGUCAAGAUAGGCACUCCAAGCUCAGCAGCUGCAGAGAGCUCAUCUCCUCUUCUGCCAAGGCUGUUGAUGAGAUUAUCAGAGGUCUCUCCAAGGAAGAAGCAGUUGUGCUUUCCCUGCAUCCACCCUGUGGCCAGGCUCUGACGGCUGCACAAGAUGAGCUGCACUCUGCCCUGCAGUCUCUAUCUGCGCCCUGGGAUCAGCAGGCGGCUGUCGAGAUGACGUCAGAUGAAGGCAAAGAUGAUGCUCGGCUACCCAAAGAAAGUGCAGCCUCUCACGGUGCUGCUCGAAAUCGAAGUGUUAAUACAUUUGUAUAUUCCCUCCCUCCAGGCGUCCUGUCCAAUGGUAGCCCACGCUGGGUCUAAUAUUUAUCUCUACAUAAUGAAGGAGUUACUGUAACAACAGUUUGGGUAGCACCAGAGACGGCCGGCACUACUUUCUCCAAGUCAAUACAGAAUUUUGUUUGCACUUGCCAAAUUAUCUGGUGCUUGGAUUUAUGUGUCAUUUUGCUUUUUCAUAUGAUUUUUAUUUAUUUUUUUUCAUGGUUGAUGUGAUUGGGGUGAUCUCCCACAUCACAUGUUGAUUUGCUGUGGCAUCGUUUCCACAAGUUUCAGCAAUGUCACAUUUUAUUUCUGAUCAGUGUUGCAUUCAUUUGUUGGUACUGAUGGAGGGAUUUGGACCACUUUUUAUAUGUUGGUCAGAACAUAACCCAAUUUAGUUUGUUUGUGUGUGUGUGUGUGUGUAGUGUCAGCAAUCUCCUUAGAUGUUUUGUUUUUCUCGGUGCAUGCCAUUCAUUGGACCCUUGUGAAACAUAAUCACUCCAAUGCGGAGGCUCUUAUCUAUUUUUUAGUUAAGUCCACAUGGUGUAUUUGCACAAGCAUUGUAAACAUGUUACCAACACGAUACGUUUUUGACACUUGAUAUGAUGAAAAAUGUUGACAUCUGUAGCCCUUCCCUAAACUUAUGUUGUGACAAAUCAUCUAUUUCAAAUGAAAUGCUUGCAUCCUUCCAUCCAAGGUUUCUGUUGUGUUAUUACAUUUACGUUUUAGUAUGUGCAAGCAUUGUUUUGCCGAAUAUUUUAUUACCUAUUUGUAUUUUAUCACAAGGGUGCAC